AUCUGAAUAUUGCAAUUUUUGGCUAUUUGAACUUGAAAGAAGCAAAAGAUAGAAAAAAAAACCCUAAACCCUAAUUUGAAUUUGUGCCACCCUCUUUCAUCCUACCACCACCAGCUGUAUAUAUAGCCAAAGAUUGUAGUACACUGAGUAAAGCCUGCUGCCUUUUUGUUUUCUUUUACCCUUCAAUCUAUCCAUCGACAUUUCUGCCAUUAAUCUCUGUGUUUUGACGGGCUUCAAAAGACCCCAUUUUAGUCUUUGCAACCAAACAACCGGAAAAUAAAAAGCUGAUUUGAAGUUUGUAAGCCACAAAAACUCGCAUACACAAAGAAAGCAAAAGAGGGUCUCUUUGUGGAGCCCCAUUUUCACAUUUUCCUCUUCGCAAUUUGCAGUGCUUGUAGUCGUCUAUCCAGUCUAGAGAGAGAAAGACACCCACCCACAUAUUUUUAUAGAGAGAGAGAGAAAGAGAGAGUGAGUGUGUGAAAGGGUGUGGGAGAAAUAUCAAAUAUCACAUAUAUAUAAUGCAGCAGCACCUGAUGCAGAUGCAGCCCAUGAUGGCAGCCUAUUACCCCUCCAACAACGUCACUACUGAUCAUAUUCAACAGUACCUUGAUGAAAACAAGUCUCUGAUCCUGAAGAUUGUCGAGAGUCAAAACUCAGGGAAAAUGGCCGAAUGUGCAGAACAUCAGGCCAAGCUUCAGAGAAACCUGAUGUACCUUGCUGCCAUUGCUGACUCUCAACCCCAGGCACCUGCUCUUCAUUCUCAGUAUCCUCAAGGGGGAAUGAUGCAGCAGCCGGGAAGUCACUACAUGCAGCAACACCAACAAGCGCAACAGAUGUCACCUCAAGCACUCAUGGCUGCACGUUCUUCGAUGCUCUACAGUCAACAGCAGUACUCGUCGCUACAGCAGCAGCAGGCGUUGCAUAGCCAGCUUGGAAUGAACUCCGGCGGUGGAAGUAGCGGACUUCACAUGAUACAGUCCGACAAUAACAAUGCUGCUGGCGGUGGGACUCAUCUCGGAGGAGGAGGAGGGUUCCCGGACUUUUCUCGUAAGCAAGACAUUGGGAUUUCUGGGCCCACCAAUGAUGGUCGAGGUGGUGGCUCCGGUGGUGGGGAUGGUGGUGAGACACUGUACCUGAAAUCUCCCGACAAAGGUUGUCUUUCUCGUGGUUUCUUUGUUUUUAUACAAAUUGAUAUUAUCAAAUCGUUAGUCAACAUGGACCAAAUAGACCCUGUUAAAUCACGGGUCGGGUCGAGUCAGAUUGAUCCCAAACCCAUCGUAAAAGAUGAUAGAUGGUUGAGUGGCCAAAAUUUGAAGAUAAACAAAAACUGA